CUGACCGGACGAGCAGUGGAAAUGGAUCCGCUUCCGUUAUGUUGGGUUGAAGUAAUUUGCCUAAGUUGCCAACUAGAAUGUUCAAUAACGCGAAAUAUUCAGAUGCCACAAUUGUUAUACAGGACGUAACACUACCUGUACACAAGUCAGUCAUCUGCAUACAAAGCGAAUACUUCGACAAGGCAUUCCAAUCGGCUUUCGUUGAACGAACCCUGCAAAAGCUCACGUUUAAUGGGGGGAGUGGGGCCGCUUGUUAGGGGGUAUUUGAGUACUUGUACACAGGAGAUUAUUCGGAUCAUCUAUCAAAAGAUUUUGAGGGCGAGCUUCGACGGCCUGCACGUUUUACUACCCUUGCCGAUAUGUUCUUUCUGGAGGACCUGAAGGCGCUCUCUGCACUGAAGUUCAAAGAAAGGUUAACGUUACAACAACAAUGGACAAGCGACUCGUUUCCAGACUGCGUUCGGGAAGUAUAU